AUGGCCGCGAUCCCGCACCCAGAACUACCGCGCCCGGCGCAUCUGGACCGCGACUCUGCGCUGGGGCGCAAGUUUGGGAAGGAGGUGACGAAUUACUUUGGGGGCUCCCCCAUCAAUCGAGUGUCGUUCCUUCGCGAAGACUACACCUUCCUGGCCGGCGCGUUCGCGCACCACUCCACAAGAUUCCUCGUCUUCAAGACUCUCGCGCCCCUGAUAACGUCCCCCACCGAGAUCUACUUCGCCACGUACGACGAGAUCAAGUCUCUCCUAUCCACGAACCCGUUCGAGAGGCCCGAAAAGGAGAUAGUGGACGACUUUGACUCGAGCAAAGAUAUCCCCCAGUUGGUCUUUUUGGGGCUAGACGAAAACGUCACCGAUGGGUACUCGUACAAGAAUUUCACAGGCGCGCCGCAUUGGGCCGUGGACAUAACGCCCAAGAGAACCUUUGAAAAGGAGGCCAAGGAGCUGAUCGAGUCGUUUUUGGAAUCAGGGCUGAAGUUUAGUGAAGGGAUGCGGGCCAUGAAUUUCCCGCCCGACAUUGCUGCCCAGUACGCCCAAGGCCGCCACUACCUCGACUGGAACCACCGCAACACGUUCUGUGGCACAUGCGGCCAUAGGACCCUCUCCGUCCAUGGCGGAGCUAAACGAGUCUGUCCCCCAACAGACAAGGCCGAAACCCCCCAAGAACGAGAACCUUGCUCAACCCGGACGACGCUCUCGAAUCUCACAUUCCCACGAACCGAUCCCACCAUCAUCGUCGCGGUCCUCAGCCACGACAGCAAACGCCUCCUGCUGGGCCGACAAAGACGGUGGCCGCCCCAUUGGUAUUCCACACUUGCGGGAUUCAUCGAGCCGGCUGAGAGCGUCGAGGACGCCGUGCGGCGCGAAGUCUGGGAAGAAUCCGGAGUCGUCCUUUCGCGUGUGCUCGUGCACUCGACGCAACCCUGGCCGUACCCAGCGAACCUGAUGAUCGGCGCCAUUGCGCAGGCGGCGUCUCCGGAAGACGAAGAGAUCAGGCUGGAGUACGACCCGGAGCUGGAGGUUGCCAAGUGGUUCACGUUGGAGGAGAUCCAGGAAGCGCUGCAAAAUGGGACGAGCGGGCUCGGGGAUUCGCCGCCAGAAGGAUAUAAGGAGGGAAAUCUGAGGUUGCCGCCUCCGACGGCAAUUGCAAAUCAAUUGAUCUCGGCGGUUGUGAAGGGUGGGUUUUUGGAGGGUGUCACGCCGAUAACGAAGCUGUAG